AACAACAGGCACCCAUAUCUUAUUUCUCGAUCUUCAUCUUUUUCCCUCACCUUCCACCCACCUUCCAAAAACCCCCCUAUAAAAAUCUCUUCCAUUUCUCUUCACUUCUAUUUAUAAAGAAAAUACCCACCAAAAUUAAAUAAUGGCGAAGUCCAGUAAUAUUCCAAUUUCCCCAAGAAAGCUUCGAUCUGAUUUGUAUUCAUACAAUGAGGAUUCUAAAAUCCCAUUAGUAAUCAGUGUUGUUGCUUCUUUGAUCGAGAGAAGUAUGGCUAGAAACCAUCGGAUUGCCAAAAACUACAUGUCCAUUUGUAGAGAUCACUCGUCGUCCAGGGCGGGUGUCGUUUUCGACUGCCAUGAGGCGCCCGACAUGUCGAUUCAGUGUUAUUUGGAGAGGAUAUUUCGUUAUACUAGAGCUGCUCCUUGUGUUUACGUUGUUGCUUACGUUUAUAUUGAUCGGUUUUGCCAACAAAAUCCUUCCUUUCGGAUUACUCUUAGGAAUGUUCAUCGUCUUCUUAUCACUACUGUCAUGGUCGCCUCUAAAUACGUUGAGGACAUGAACUACAGAAAUUCAUACUAUGCAAGAGUUGGAGGAUUGACAACAAAGGAGAUGAACCAACUAGAGGUUGAUUUUUUGUUUCUAAUGGGAUUCAAAUGUCAUGUAAAUCUAAGUGUUUUUGAGAGUUAUUGUUGCCAUUUAGAGAGAGAAGUUAGCAUUGGUGGAGGAUACCAUAUAGAGAAGACACUAAGAUGUGCUGAAGAGUUGAAAUCUAAACAAAACCAACAAACAACAUAUAAUCAAAUGGCUCGUAUUAUGUUGUAAAAAUCAAAGCUUAUAAUUAAUGAGUAAUUUAUACACUUGUCUUUCUUUAUUAUUAUCAUUAUUUUAUA